AUGUCUGAAGAUGAAGAAAAAGUGAAAUUACGCCAUCUUGAAGCAACUCUUCAGAAAUUUACUAAGAUAGUAAUCCCAACAGACCUGGAGAGGUUAAGAAAGCACCAGCUAAAUAUUGAGAAGUAUCAGAGGCGCAGAAUCUGGGACAAGUUGCAUGAAGGGCAUAUCAAUGCAGGACGUACAGUUCAGCAACUCCACUCCAGUAUCCAAGAAAUGGAGAAGCUUUGUUUGGAAGUCCAAAGGGAUGACCUUGGACUUCUGAAGAGAAUGCUAGAUCCUGUGAAAGAAGAAGCAUCAGCAGCAACAGCAGAAUUUCUUCAACUCUAUCUAGAAUCUGUAGAAGGACUUCAGAAACAAUUUAAUGAUGAAGAAACCUUAUUACAGCCUUCUUUGACCAGAUCCAUGACUGUUCGUGGAACAUUUCACGCUAUUGAAGAUGAAGCUGAUUCUCAGAGUAUGACUCAGAUAUAUGUGUUGCCUGAAAUUCCUCGAGCUCAAAAUGCUGCAGAAUCAUGGGAAACCUUAGAAGCGGACUUAAUUGAACUUAGCCAACUGGUCACUGAUUUCUCUCUUCUAGUGAAUUCUCAGCAGGAGAAGAUUGACAGCGUUGAAGACCAUGUCAGCAGUGCUGCUGUGAGUGUUGAAGAGGGAACCAAAAACUUGGGGAAAGCUGCAAAAUACAAGCUGGCAGCUCUGCCUGUGGCAGGUGCCCUCAUCGGAGGAGGUGGGGGCCCGACUGGCCUCCUUGCAGGCUUCAAAGUGGCGGGAAUUGCAGCUGCACUUGGUGGUGGGGUGGUGGGCUUCACAGGUGGAAAAUUGUUACAAAGAAAGAAACAGAAAAUGAUGGAGAAGCUCACUUCCAGCUGUCCAAAUCUUCCCAGCCAAACUGACAAAAAAUGCAGUUAAAAACCAAACUUCAGUAUUAUUGGUGCCAACAUGUCUAUCCUUUG